GGUAUCGGUUAUGUUCCUCGGAUUCAUUUUUCCAAAUCCUAAUAAUUACAUGAAAAACAAAUAUCAACAUAUUUUUCAAAAUAUACACCCGCGCGCCUGCGCGGGUCAAAAUCUAGUAUUUCUUUAAUCAAAAAGCAUUAAGGAUUUUUUUUAAGGAUUGCUUGAGUAUUACCGUUGUACAUGCUCUAACUAAUAUGUUUGCCAAAACACUGUCCUUGUAGGUCACACACACUACUCAUGAAAUACAAGUUGUUAUUAUUAAAAACUUUCUAACUUAGCCAAUAUAUAUAGACCCACAUUUCCCUCUAGCUCACAAACCAAACUCAAACCUUCUCUCAUCAAACAAGAUCAAGUUAACUUUACCUAAGUCAUUAAUUCAGAGUUUUUUUCUUUGUUUCUAGCUAAUACUAGAUAUGGCAUUCUUGAGGAGUCUUUUUGAUACUAAGCAAAUAAUUCGUCAGUCUCUUACUACUGAAUCAUCAACACCUAAAGGUUUCUUAGCUGUCUACGUUGGAAAAAAUCUGAAGAAGAAGAGAUUUUUUGUUCCGGUUUACUACCUGAGCAAACCAUCUUUCCAAGCUUUGCUGAGGAAAGCAGAAGAAGAGUUUGGCUUUGAUCAUCCAACCGGUGGUUUAAGCUUGCCAUGCGAUGAAGCUUUCUUCUUCACUCUUACUUCUCAGAUUCGUUAGGCCUACACAAUAAUCAAGCGGUUUAGGAGGAAUACACAUUGUAAAUAAACUACACUUUAAUAUUUUGAAGUUGUGGAUAUAUGUACCUAUACUGAAAUAAGAAGAAGAAUUCAGCAUAGUUAAAAAUAAAGGUCAAUGAGAGUAUUGUGCUUUCGAUGUCCAUACUUUAUUAACUCCAUGUUUUAGAUGCAGUGAAAUUAUACACACGCGUUUUGUAUAAGCCAUAUUAUGCAAUAAGAUUCUGGGUUCUCUCUUAUUUUCAUGAAGGGGAGAACGUUAAAGACAACAUAAGCUUCUGAGAAAUUCCAAGUUUAAUUCGAAAACUGUAACUUUUAAAGUAUAACUAUUUUACCCUUUUUAACAACCUAUCAUUUUUUGUCCCGAAAAAAUUUAUCUUUUAAUCAUAAAAGAUAAUCUAUAUGCGGCACUCUCAUGAAAGUUCUUUUUUUUCUAAGAUAAUUCUUUGGGUCGAACCGACUCGACCUAUUUGAUCCUACGGUUUGUACACUCAGAGCAGCUUCAACGAUGUGAGACCAUGAGAGUUUUUUUUUUUUUUUGGUCAACCUUCUAAAAAAAGUAUUAAAUAUUAAUUAUUUGGUUAUGUUUUUUUUUUUUAAAUCAGUAGAAACAAUAUUUUCCCUCAUGUGUUGAUAUCUUCUAUAUCUAGACAUGUUCUAAAAGCUCUACAACAAGAACUUUUGGUAAUGUCUUUCCUGAUUUUGUUAUUAUUUUCUCUUAAAUGUUGAGAACCUUUUCUAGAAACUGCGGUUGGAAAUACUUUUAGAACAUGAUUAACUCUAAAACUCCUAAUGAGAUUCUUAAUGACUUUUUUAGUAAUAAAUGUAACUUAAGAAUUUUUGUUAAGAAACUCCCAUUAUAAGUGGUUCAAUAAGAGUUUCUUAAUUAAUAGUUCUUAAAAAAAUAUUAAACAUUUUUUAAAGAUAAAAUUGAUUUAUUAAAUAAAACAUAUUAAAAGAUAACAUUUAAAACAUAAAUUUGAAGAAAAAAAACAUAGAAACAAAGAUUAGUACAAUAAUCGAGAAUAAUUUGAAAAAAAAACAUUUGAGCUCAGUAAUUGUCUCCAUCACCUCCAAUUACGCCAUAUAUGUUUAAUAAAGUCAUCUUUCAGUUGUUGAUGCAUUUGUCUAUCACGAAUUCUAGUUCGAACACCCAUCAUAUUGGCGAUAUUUGUAGGGAUGUAUGUAGAAUACGUGAGAUCCACAUGUGAACUUGCGGUGUCUUCUCCUUGUUGGAACUCUGAAACAUCAAAUUGAGUGUAUACAUCUCUUUCGUCUUCUACUAUCAUAUUAUGAAGUAUGAUACAUGCUCUCAUAAUCUUCACAAUGUUGACUUUAUCCCAAAAAAUGCUGGAUUUUUAACAAUGGCAAAGCGAGCUUGCAAGACUCCAAAAGCACGCUUGACAUCUUUUCGGACAGCUUCUUGAUGUUGAGCAAAUAAAACCGCUUUCGGACCUUGUGGUAUUGGAAUACAUUGGAUAAAAAUUGAUCAUUUCGGAUAAAUUCCAUUGGUGAGAUAGUAAGCCAAAUUAAAUGAUACUCUCGUCUAUUGACAGAGAAGGUGACUUGCGGAGCUUGACCUUUUAUUAUGUCAUCAAAAACUGGUGAGCGAUCAAGAACAUUGAUAUCAUUUAAGGUACAUGGAGGUCCAAAAAAUGCAUGCCAUAUCAAUAGAUCAUACGAAGCAACCGCCUCUAAAACGAUUGUGGGUUUUCCCGAACCACGUGAAUAUUGACUUUUCCAAGCGAUGAGACAAUUCUUCAACUCCCAAUGCAUACAAUCGAUGCUUCAUAUCAUCCCGGAAAAUCCACGAUGCUCACCAAUAUCAAGUCGACGUUGAAGAUCAACCAAUGUUGGUCUUCUUAGGUAUUCAUCGCCGAAUAAAUAUAUUAUUCCUUCGACAAAAUGUUCCACACAUGACCGAGUAGUAGUUGAACCGAGUCGGAGGUAUUCGUCAACAACAUCAACCGCAGUACCAUAUGCCAAGACACUAAUGGUUGCUGUACACUUCUGAAAUGGAGAGAUACUAAGCCUUUCGAGAGCAUCUUUCUUUUGUCGAAAGAAUUCAACUUCAUUGGAGAGUCGACCAACAAUAUGCAUGAAAAAUGGCUUGUUCAUUUUAAAUCGUCGUCGGAAUAGAUUUUCAGGAUAUGUUAGAGUUUCACUGAAAUAAUCAUUCCAUAAACGUACAUCGCUUUCUUCACGAUUUCUUUCGAUAUAAACUUGUUUUUUUCCUU